AUGUCUCCGCCAUCUGUUGAAACAACUGACAUCACGAAGCCUACCACUACUACCUCCAUCAUUACUACAUCUGAGAUCCAUAUGGAUCCCGAUGUUUCCGUGUCUUCCGAUGGUGAUUCCUCUGAUGAGAAAUCUCUUGUUAAUAAAUCAAGUGACGAAUCAGCUCAUUUCCGCCCAUCACACCACCAUCUUAAAGCUCCCGAAUUGAAGCGUUCGGCUUCCGUUUCCUCUUUCAGUUCUUACGCGUCUUCUUCUCCUCCCGAUACUCCUCCCUUUUCUUCAACCAACAUCGAUGCUAAUUUUAUUCUGGAUAAACGAAACGCGUUAGCAUUAGGUGAAUCGGGUGCUUUGGCUCAAAAUUGGUUUACUUCUGGUUCAUUGAAAGCCGAUGGUAAAUGGUUUAAGGAUGAACAAGGUCGUAUUUGUUUAUUACGUGGCGUUAAUUUAUGUGGUAAUUCUAAAUUACCCACUAAACCUGAUGGAUCCAGUCAUUUAAGUGAAGGAUUUUUUGAUCAUCGUAACGUUUCUUUCGUGGGCAGACCUUUUCCACUUGAGGAGGUUCAUCAGCAUUUUGCUAGAUUAAGAACUUGGGGCCUUACUUUUGUUAGACUAUUGGUCACUUGGGAAUCAUUGGAACAUGCCGGACCGGGUAUUUAUGACGAAGAGUUCAUUGAUUAUCUCAUCAAUGUCAUAGAACAGAUGCCUCGUUAUGGUAUAAAAUGUUUCAUAGAUCCACAUCAGGAUUGUUGGUCAAGGUUUUCGGGUGGAUCAGGUGCUCCGGGAUGGACCUUUGAGGUUGCUGGUCUUGACAUGACAAAAUUUAAGACCACGGGUGCUGCUUACGUCCAUAAUAUGAAUCAUAAACCUGGUGAUUCAUUGCCAAUGGUGUGGCCAACUAAUUAUACUAAAUUAGCUAGUAGUACCAUGUUUUCUUUAUUUUGGGGUGGUGAUGUGUUUGCUCCCAAUUCAACUUGUGAAGGAGUAAGUGUGAAAGAAUUUCUUCAAACAAAAUAUAUAAAUUGUUAUAAACAUUUAGCAAGUCGGCUUCAACAUUUGGAGGCAGUUAUGGGAUUUGAAUUGAUGAAUGAACCUCAUCAAGGGUAUAUUGGUUUAGCAGACUUACAUCGGUAUGAUGAAGGGAAAACCCUUGUAUUUGGAGAUUCGCCAUCUGCCUUACAAUCAUUUGCUCUUGGCGAUGGUAUACCACAAGAAAUUGAAGUAUGGAUUAAAUCAUGGCCAUUUCCCACCCGUAAAGAUAAAACACGUCUUAUUAAUGAAGAACAUGAAUCCGCUUGGCUAGAUGGCAGUUGUAUAUGGCGUCAACAUGGUGUUUGGGACGUUGAUGCUAAAACUGGAAAACCAAAAGUUUUGAAAAAAGAUUAUUUCUUAAAGCAUCCAAAAACUGGAGAAAAAUUGGAAUUCUACAAAGAUUUUUAUUUACCUUUUGUCAAGAGAUACGCUGAAGGAAUUCAAAGCGUUAACAAAGAAUAUUUUGUGUUCGUUGAGCCACUUCCAAAUGAGCCUCCACCAAAAUGGACACCAAGUGAUCAUCACAAUAAUGUUAUAUUUGCACCCCAUUGGUAUGACUUAAAAGCGUUAUUUACAAAAACAUUUAAUGGUAAAAUAACGCACGAUGUUCAACGUUUAACAAGGGGAGCGCAUCAUAUAGCAGCAGCUACAUUUUUCGGUAUAUCCGGAGCAAAAAAAAAUUAUUCCGGACAAGUUCGAAAUAUAAUUAAAAAUGGCCUUCAAUAUGUAGGAGAAAAACCCUGUGUUAUUGGAGAGUGUGGUAUACCUAUGGAUAUCAAUGAGAAGCAAGCCUUCUUAACUAAUGACUGGGCGCAUCAUAGUAAUUUCUUGGAUGCUGUAUUAUGCGCCAUGGAAAAGAAUCUUGUGAACUUUACCUUAUGGAAUUAUAAUCCAAUAAAUGAUAAUACACACGGUGACCAUUGGUACGGUGAAGAUUUUUCGAUUUUUUCUCGUCCUAAUAACGAAAAAACCAUAACAAAAACUACCACCAUUACCAAAGGAAGAAAGGUACAUGUAGAUGAAAAUCCAGUAGAUGGUACAAGAGAGAAAAAAAUUAAGGUUCAAAGUCUCGAAAUACAAACAAAUUUCCAAGACGCACUUAACAUUUCACCUAAUGAUUCUAAUGAAAAAAGUGAGAAUACUUUUGUAAAUAGUGAAAUAAAUGAGGAGUGUGAAAUUAGAUCUGAUUGUACAGACAUUACUGCUAAUCGUGCAACAACAUCUCCUACAUCGCCUUUCGAUUUAACUCAAUUACAUUUUUGGGAACAAGAUGAUGGAUCCGAUUAUGAGUAUUUUCAUCAAGGUGGAAGAGUUUUGGAAGCAGUUUUGCGACCGUAUGCAGCCAAAGUAUCAGGAAUCCCACAAUCUAUGAACUUUAAUUUAAAGAAAUUAGAAUUUACAUUUAAAUUCACAAAUUAUCCAUCAUCGCAACAAUUAUAUAGCAUAACAGCACCAGAGACAGAAAUUUAUAUACCGAAUUAUCAUUAUAAAAAACUUUUACUUGAUAUAAGAGUUUCCGACGGAGAUUGGAGAUAUGUUAAAAGUAGACAGACAUUAUAUUGGCGAGUUAAAGAUUGGAAAACCGAGGGAGUUGUGCAUACUUUGAGAAUUAGAGUUGCAGAGAAUUCAAGAGAAGGAGUAGAAAUAUCAAAUAUUGGUGAAUUAUCUUCAAAUAAUUCGAAUAAAAAGUUGGAAGAUGAUGAAUCCAAGACAUACACAAUUUGGAUAGCUGGUGCAGUAGUUGUGGCUGCCUAUUUGUGGGUACAUUCUUUAAUGAAUGUCGAAUUUGUAUAA